AUGAAACUACUCGCUCCCGCGACUCCCCUCCGAGCACUACACGUGCUAACUCUCUUCAACCACACGUGUCUCCUUCGGCCUCUACCCGCAACCGUACUCCCCCCCUCUCCCAACUCUACACUCAGAAUGCUUCAUUAUAAAUACCAAACGCGCGCCUCACAAUUUAACAGAACCAUAACCGCUCGCAUGGAGUCUCCAAAUCCCGAAACCGAAGCCAAAAUGGAAGAAACCGAAGCCGAAAUGGAAGAAAACGAAGCCAUUAAAAUUGAGAGCAAGUUCCGAUCAGAGUUUCUGCAAAUGCUCCGUAAGAGACGAGCUCCUCAAGUUCCGUUAACGGUUGAAAUCGCAAAACCAGCCACGGUUUUUUGGUAUGAGAGCAUUCCAGGCGAAGAGGACACUAUGAGAUCUUGUCCAAAGAAAGACAUUGAGAAUUUCAAAGAUUUGCUCAAGGAGGAGAAUCUGCAUUUAAAUAUAGAGGAAGGAGAUCAAGGAAAGUUACCGGUGUUGAUUUUGAGCUUGAAGGAAAGUGAUAAACAGAUAAAAAGACCUGCGGUUGUUAUCCUUCACGGUUCAAACAAGUGUAAAGAAUAUAUGCGUCCAUUGCUAGAGCCAUAUGCUUCACGGGGAUACGUAGCAAUUUCGGUUGAUUCUCGUUACCAUGGUGAACGAGCAAAGAGUGCCAACACCUAUCGCGAGGCUCUUAUUUCUGCAUGGAAAACCGGAGACACAAUGCCAUUCAUAUUUGACACGGUUUGGGACUUGAUUAAAUUGGCAGAUUAUCUAACACAGAGAGAAGAUAUAGACCCCUCUAGGAUAGGAAUCACAGGAAUAUCACUUGGAGGAAUGCACGCAUGGUUUGCUGCAGCUGUUGAUACUCGCUAUGCAGUAGUUGCUCCUCUAAUUGGUGUUCAGGGAUUUCGAUGGGCCAUAGACAACGAUAAGUGGCAUGGCCGAGUUGAUAGUUUAAAGCAUGUUUUUGAAGUGGCUCGUGACGAUUUGGGUAAAAGUGAAAUUGACAAAGAGGUAGUGGAGAAGGUGUGGGACAGGAUUGCUCCUGGUUUAGCUUCCCAGUUUGAUUCCCCCUACUCGAUUCCAUCUAUUGCACCCCGUCCUCUGCUUAUUCUCAAUGGAGCGGAAGAUCCUAGGUGUCCCCCUGCCGGUUUGGAAGCUCUAAGAUUGAAAGUAAGUGAGAUGUAUGCAAAGUUUCAAUGCUCAGAUAAUUUUAAGUUUAUAGCAGAACCUGAAAUUCGACAUCAAAUAACAAAGUUACAUGUGAAAGAGUUGUCUGAUUGGUUUGACAAGUUCCUAAAGCCGUAG